UUUUUUUUUUUCUUUUUUUUCCCCUUCUCUUUCCUCACCUUCUCUUACUCUCUCCCUUCCUGAUUACGGACCAAACAACUUCAUCGGUACAAACUAAUUAAUUGCUCCCUCUGCUCUGCUGCUCUGACCACCGUUUUCCUACGCCUGGACGCUGUCUCUGUCAACCUACAUAAGAUUUUCUCGCCGUUUUCUCACUCUCGCAUCUUUGUCUUUCCUGUCUUCCUUUCUUUUUUACCCCCACCUUUCCAUCCGCUCACUACACACACACUAGUUCCCUACGGAGUACUCUUACAUACAUAUCACCACCCUCGUCAAUUUCUUUGUCUGCUCCCAUUUCGGACUAUGAGUGACACCAGUCCAUCUGUACUCUGUUCAUGAUGGAAGGUUCCAUUCCUUCGUCCUCCAGCCUUUCCACUCCUACAGCUGCCUCCUCUUCUCCAGCGGCUGCCUCCGUAUUUCGUCCUCGCAGAUCUGAAGACUGGAACAAGUAUCGUCCCUUCAUCGAACAGCUCUACCGGGAUGACCAACUAAAACUUCGAGAUGUCAAAAGAAUCAUGGAGCGUGAUCACAAAUUUGUUGCCUCAGAAAAACAAUACAAAGACCGGCUAGCGGCCUGGAACAUUCGCAAGAAUAUCAAGGCCAAAGAAGUCAACAUCAUGAUUCGAAAACAGCAGAAACGUGCUGCCAAAGGCAAGCAAACAGCCUUUCGAGUAGCCGGCCAAAAAGUCGACACCAAACGCAUUGCCCGUUUUGUCCGUAGAUACGGGACCAACUGGGACAACGAUACCCAUCCUAUGGAGCCUCAUCAAGCAAGCCCCGAGCCAGAAACCCCGUCGGAUAUGAGUUACUACACUCCAGAGCCAGAUGAAAGAGCUUCGACGUUGUCUCCUCAUCCAGAGGCACAACCACAUCUUUUUGAUAAACUAGACCCCAUCCCCGAUUCCGAACUGGACGAUACCCAGUCCCUUCCAAUUACACUAAGCCCAACAACCUCAACCAACGAUACCCCCAAACCCCUAGAAACCCCCGGGCCUCUAGCCGAAGAUCCGUGGCACGCACUCGCCAUGUUUCAAUCUCGUCUUCUCGAACUACAAGAGACCCUAGAUACCACGACGGCCGGGCUCAUCUCUCCACAUGACGACUCGAAACAGUAG